AUGAUGGAUGAGUUUUCAACGAUACCGGCAGCCAAAACCAGAGAAAAUAAUAAUAACCAAAAUCAUUAUAGCGACAUAAGGCAGGUCCCGGAUAACCAAGAAGUUUUCAUGUCCCAAGACACACAAACAAGCAUCAUCAUCGAAAUAGUCGAACGUCUGGAGCCCGAAAAGCUCCAACUACAACCAAACGAUAACUCAAAGACCAAUCCUGACCAAGAAGAAGUAGCCCAAGACAUGCAGGCUGUGAAAGCCCACAUCCAUGAAAUCUGCGAAGUUAGUGGAGACAGCUACGAACUCAUCUCCAGUACAGGACCAAUUGAAGUGCUAAAGUUACCCGAUACGCCAGCUUACAUGGCUCGGGCACACAUUUUAUGUUCUAUCAAAAGGCGGGGAGAGGAGCCGGCAUCAGCAGCAAGAGUUGCCGUGUCUGAAGGAAUAGAAAUAGACGACGAAAUAUCCACACAGCCAGAAACAGCGACGUUGACAUGCCAGUUGCUCCUGAUCCGUUUAAAGGAAGAAGAAACAGACAUCAUAGCUUAUGUCGUGGUGCCGCAUAAGGAGCUUGAGAGAGAUGGUGGUCCGGUCGAUGCGAAAGCUGAUGAGAUAGCGAGCGCGAUACUGACAAGGUUGUCGGCGUCGUUUGACUUACCUUACACGUUUUUCACCACGCCGCCCCAAGCAAAGAAAAGGAGUGCGUGCGAGGCAGUGGUUGACAAUACAGACAAGGACUUGCGAUCAAUCAUCACGGGAUCUGACAGAGCAGCAGUCCGCAAGAGGGUCGGGCGGGCCCUUGAGGAUUCGGGUGACCCGUCUCCUACCCCAAAAAGGGUUCCUGACCUUGCGACACCCGCUACCACUGAAACCACUACCAGCAUGGAUUCCGAGGAAGAGUUAAUUAGCGAUGGCUCGAGUCAGGAGGAUAUGCUUGAUAUGCAAGGGAGUGAUGACGAGAGUUUAGGGGACGAUUUUGGCGACGAUGACCUUGGCGGCUCUUUCUACGAUAAAGAGAUUAUCAAGCAACCUCGAAAACCCUACGAGGUCGACUUUAAGGUCUUGAGCCCCGAAGAUAUCCGACGAGAACAAAAUAUGCAAAUAAAUGAAGUUGCUUCGAUCCUGGGACUACCCCCGGAAUCAGCAGCUAUCCUAUUGCGGUUUACUCGCUGGAAUCGGGAGAAGUUGAUUGAAUCGUAUAUGGAAGACAAUGACAGAAUACAGGAAGAAGCUGGUGUUGGGGCGGCAUUUUCAGGUACCCCGAAAACUGAGGUCAUUCCCGGAUUCGUGUGUGAUAUUUGCUGUGAGGAUAGGAAAGGUCUGGAGUCAUACGCCAUGCGAUGCGGUCACCGGUUUUGCGUUGAUUGUUAUCGUCAUUAUCUUGGUCAGAAAAUUAGAGAGGAAGGAGAGGCUGCCAGAAUACAAUGUCCCCAGAACAAAUGCCAUCGCAUCGUUGACUCCAAGACUUUGGAUUUAUUGGUAACGGAAGAUUUGCAGGAGAGGUACCACCGCCUUCUAAUUCGUACCUAUGUGGAUGACAAAUAUAAUUUGAAGUGGUGCCCAGCACCAAAUUGCGAAUUUGCGAUAGACUGUGGCGUGAAAAAGCGCGACCUGAAUCGUGUUGUCCCAACUGUUCACUGCAGAUGCAGCCAUAGCUUCUGCUUUGGUUGCAGUCUGAAUGAUCACCAGCCACCUCCUUGCUCAUUGGUCAAGAAGUGGCUGAAGAAAUGCAAAGAUGACUCCGAAACCGCAAACUGGAUAUCUGCGCACACCAAGGAAUGUCCGAAAUGUUCAUCCACCAUUGAAAAAAAUGGCGGUUGUAAUCACAUGACCUGCCGAAAGUGCAAGCAUGAGUUCUGCUGGAUGUGUAUGGGGCUGUGGUCUGAGCAUGGAACUAGUUGGUAUAACUGUAAUCGCUUCGAGGAGAAAUCAGGGGCUUCGGCCCGCGAUGCCCAAGCUCGUUCCAGACAAUCGCUUGAACGAUAUCUUCACUACUACAAUCGUUACGCGAACCACGAGCAAUCUGCAAAGCUGGACAAGGACCUUUACCUCAAGACUGAGAAGAAGAUGAUGAGCUUGCAAUCCCAGUCCGGACUGUCGUGGAUCGAGGUUCAAUUUCUUGAUACAGCAUCCCAGGCGCUUCAGCAAUGUCGACAGACGUUGAAGUGGACUUACGCUUUCGCUUUCUACCUUGCCCGCAACAAUCUGACGGAGAUAUUCGAGGAUAAUCAGAAAGAUCUAGAGAUGGCAGUCGAAAGUCUUAGUGAGAUGUUUGAGAAACCCAUUGAUCAGCUGUCGGCUUUGAAAAUUGAUAUCCUGGACAAAACUGCUUAUUGCAACAAGAGACGUGUCAUUCUGUUGAGCGACACUGCGGAGAAUUUAAAAAACCGUAUGUAUCCGACUGCCUAA